AUGAAGUGCCAACUUGUGAUGUCCCUCGCAACUAUCGCCUCGGCGGCAUCGUUCGAGAAGAGAGCAACCUACAGCGGUGUCGCUACAUUCAAUAACUACGCCGCGCAGAGCAACACUGUAUGUGGUCCCAAGACCGGUGUCUCCGGCACUUACGGAGUUGCCAUCGGUGACCUUUCCCCCAAUAUCUGGAGCGGUAACAAAUGUAGCGGGUCAAUCGAUUAUUCUAAAUGUAAUGGUCAAAACCCCAUCUCCGGAUAUACUGGUCCAGCAUGCCCAACUACCACCUGUGGUGAGUGUUUCCAGGUCUGCAACGCUGGUGGAUAUGGAGGCGCCUCUGUUGGCGGGGUUGGUAAUUGCAUCACGGUGAAUGUGAUUGACGCGUGA